GUCUGGCCUGCUAGAAAGUUUGACGGCUUCUCCUGGGGACUUGAGAAAAUUCUGGUCACAACAACGGUGGGACAGCAAACAGUUCCGACGAAAGGCAACGUUUUUCGAUUCGCUGGAUUGGGAGCAUGAUUUGCCUAUUCCCUGGGUUCUCCACGGGGAUGCCGCCCCGUAUAGUGAGGUAGACUCGCUACAGGUCCUCAGUUUUCGCUGUAUGAUUACAUCCAAGAAGGUUGCUUGCUCUGAGUUUCUGCUCGCUGUGAUGCCAAAGCAGGGUGCCGACCAGAAUACCUGGGCCAAGCUGUGGGAUGAAAUCGCUGAUUCUUUUGUCAAGUUGGCUAUAGGCAAAUCUGGCAAAGCAUCCUUGCGAAAGGGAAUCAUCAUGAGCAUCACCGGCGACCUUGAAUGGUUCAGUGCUGAAUUCGGUUGGCCAACGGCUUCAUCCAACUAUCCUUGUCCGUUUUGUGGGGCUGACAAUCUGUUUGAUGAGGCGAAAUCUGUGGCACCCUUUACAGAUAUGAGAGCAACAGCCGCAUGGAGAGGCAUGCUUCGUGAUCCUGAUGAAACACAGAUGAAAAAGCACGCUUUGUGGCGAGUGCCAGGGGUCUCCUUCUGGACUGUGAAGCUAGACCUGCUUCACAUGGCAGAUUUGGGAGUAAGUAGCCACAUUUACGGCAACCUUCUCAACGAUAUUAUUGUGGAAGAACUCCCCGGGUCAUGGGAAUCCUCGCUCGUGGCGAUGAACAGGCUGAUAGCGAAUAUCUCUCAAGACUUAGAUGUUCCAUCGGGCCAAAGACUUCCCAAGCUCAACAAGACUGACAUUGUCACGCCGAAAGGUUAUCCCGUGCUGAAACACAUCAAGGGUACGCCAUUUCGCUGGGGUAGCCGUCGCAAUCGCCAAACUUUACAGCAAAAACAGAAAGGGCCAGCACAGGCUUGCACUAUGCCAAGCCGCCGAGACGUUUUACAACAUUUGCGAUCGCUCAGAAUGGGUGUAUGA